GCCUUCAAAUUAACAACGAAGAUUUUGUUGCGCCUAAAUUAAAACAUAAACGUGUUUGAAUACUCUGUGUAGAUUCAGAAAAAUAUAUAUAAAUUACAUUAAUAACAUUACUACAUUAAUAAAAUUGUGAUUUUUAAAAAUUAUUAAAAAAAUGUUAGAAACUGAAGUCAUGCAACAGCGCAACUUGAAUACGCUCAGCAUUAAUGUGGACGAUUUUGAUCCCUACGUUUGCUCUCUGAGUUCUCAAAUGAAAAUAGUAGCCAAAGAAGAAUUACAUGAAGAUGACAAUAUACGUAAGCAGGCUUUAGCUCAAUUUCGUGAAUGGAUUUCAAAGCACCCUCACAUUAAGAAAUGCCGCACCGAUGCCGUCUUUUUGUUGCGCUUCCUACGCACCAAAAAAUUUUCUGUGCCAGCUGCUUGCGAAAUGUUGGAGCGUUACCUCACUAUACGUCAACUUUUUCCUCAAUGGUUCUCUAAGCUGGAUAUUGAAGAUCCUGCAAUCAAUGAAAUCUUUGAGAACGGUUAUUUGGUGCCAUUGCCCGAACGUGAUGAGUUAGGUCGGCAAAUUAUUUUUUCUGUUGCCGGUAAAUUCGAUCCAUACAAGUAUACAUCAGCUCAAAUGACACGUGUUCAUUCUUUGAUUUGCGAAGCUUUGUUGGAUGAUGAAGACUCACAAGUCGCCGGCUAUGUUUAUGUUAAUGAUGAAAGUGGCAUGAAUAUGGGUUUUGUGAGCUUAUGGUCCAUAACUGACUUACGCAGUAUUGUGAAAUGUAUACAGAAUUCCACACCAAUGCGUCAUAAGGAGACACAUUUCCUUAACAUACCACACUACGCUAAUCGAAUUAUUGAAUUAGGGGUUUCAAUGCUUAGCGAUAAAUUAAAAAAACGAAUUAUUGUGCACAAAUCUAUUGAUGCACUGAAAACUAAAAUCAAUCCUGGUAUUUUGCCAAAAGAAUAUGGAGGUACAGUACCUAUGGCAGACAUGAUUAAAGAUUUUAAGGCUAAACUAUUGCAAAGACGUAACGCCAUUCUAGCACUGGACGAUAUGUAUAUAGAAGUUACCAAGGAAGCAUCAAACUUUGCCGGUAAUGAUAUUGGUGAUAUAGAUUCUGGAGUAGUGGGCAGCUUCAGAAAAUUAGAAGUAGACUAAAGUAUGAAUUAUUCACUAGA